AUGGGUUGCGUUCAGGGAAAGCCCUCACCAACUUAUAAUCGCCAACAGUCUCGUGGUGGUGGCGGCGGCCUCCAUAAGUUGAAAGCUGAUAAUGGGUAUGUUACAGGCGGAAUUGGGGGAAAACCCAAUGCUGCACAGAAACCGUUUGUUGAAAUGCCUGUGAAGCAGAAUAGUGUAAAGAAGAAUAAUAAUCAAGUUGAUGAUGGUAAUACGAGGAAGGAAGGAGGAGUUCAGAAUGAUAUGAUGAUUAAUCGAGAAGGAAUUGGGAAUGUUUCUCAAAGGAUUGUUGUUGGUAAGAAGAUUGGUUCAGAUGAUUUAAUUGAUGGAUGGCCUAAAUGGCUUGUUGAUAAUAUUCCAAGAGAAGUUUUGGCUAAUCUGGCAUCUAAAACCGCUGAUUCUUAUGAUAAGCUUGCUAAGAUAGGCCAUGGAACAUAUAGUAAUGUCUAUAAAGCUCGAGAUAGAGACACAGGAAAGAUAGUUGCUUUAAAGAAAGUUCGUUUUGACACAUCAGAGCCAGAAAGUGUGAAGUUUAUGGCAAGAGAAAUUAUCAUUUUACAGAAACUAGAUCAUCCAAAUAUUAUCAAACUUGAAGGUCUUGCAACAUCUAGAAUGCAAUAUAGUCUUUAUCUAGUCUUUGAGUACAUGCUAUCAGACUUAACCAGAGUUAUUUCUCGUCCAGAAGGAAGGUUAACAGAACCACAGGUGAAGUGCUAUAUGCAGCAGUUGCUCUCUGGUCUUGAACACUGUCACGAAAGAGGGAUUUUACACAGGGACAUCAAAGGAUCAAACUUAGCACCUGAACUUCUCUUAGGCACUACAGAUUAUGGAGUUGGAAUUGAUCUUUGGAGCACUGGAUGCCUAUUGGCUGAAAUGUUUGUUGGUAGGCCCAUUAUGCCAGGAAGAACAGAGGUUGAGCAGCUUCACAGGAUCUUUAAGCUUUGUGGGUCCCCUCAUGAAGACUACUGGAAAAAAAUCAAGCCACCAACAACCUUCAGACCACCACAAAACUAUGUUCCAAGUUUUCAAGAAGCUUUCACAAAAUUUCCCUCUUCUUCUUUCGGCCUCUUGACCACACUUCUGGCUUUGGACCCCGAAUCCCGUGGAACUUCCACUUCUGCCCUCCAAGACAAUUUUUUCUCUUCAAGUCCAUUAGCAUGCGACCUCUUGGGUUUGCCCGUUGUAAACAAAGACGAGGAUGUCCCGAUUCAAUUCCAUGAUGCAAAGAAGAAUAGAACUCUAAAAAUCAAGCAACGAACAAGGAUAGCUCGGAAGGGUCACGCAAGAAACGUUUCCAUUUCUGAACUCUCGACCGAAUAUUCCGAAUCAUCUAAAGAGCAGGAGAAACAUAUCGACAAAAACUCGGUAAGCCAAGAACAAGAAACAGGUCAAAGCACAAGUAGCAACACAUCAAGCAAGAUAACAAACUUAACAAUGGGACCCUCCCCACCAUUUACUUUAGCAUUCGAUUCAAAUCCACCCAAUAAUCGGGCAGCAAGAACCGAAGCUCACCCAAAUGCUUUAAAAAAUAUAAAAAAUUUCCCGCUUCUACUCGCAUCCAUCACACAAACCGUUAAUAAUAUGGAAGAGAAUCGAAAUGGUCUCAAUCGUCGAUCCAUGUCUAAUGUCGAUUUUCGACAUUUGGAUAUUGAGAAGAUAUCGAAACUCUUUAAUUUAGAUGAUCAUUAGGGUUUUUUGUGGGAUAAUUCUUUUCUAUUUUUUGUGUUGUGGUACUUUAUAUAUGUUUUUCUUGGGUUUGUUUUAUAAAUGAACUAUAAAACCAAUAAACCAAAUUAUUGUUCAU